CUAUGUAAGCCCCCAGCCCUGGUCCUGCCACUCAGUCUGGGAACAUGUUGUGUGGUGGUCUUCUGGUGCUGGGGGCCCUUGUGGCCCUGUGUGGGGCUGAGGAGGGCCUGCAUUUCCCCACAUAUGAUGGCAAAGACCGGGUACUGGAGCUGAGUGACAAGAACUACAGGCAGCUCAUGAAACGCUAUGAUGUGUUCUGUGUGCUGCUGAGGCAGAGUGCGGAACCAGGAGACCGCACCGCGCAACGGCAGAGCCACCUGACUGAGAUGGUGCUGGAGCUGACAGCUCAGGUUCUGGAGAAGAAGCAUGUGGGUAUUGGCCUACUGGACCCGAAGAAAAGCUCAAAGAUCGCCAAAAAGUUAGGAUGUAACGAGGAGGGAAGUCUAUACGUCUUUAAGGACGACAAUGUGAUAGAAUUUGAUGGGGAGCUGGCUGCUGAUAUCUUGGUGGAUUUCCUACUAGAUCUGAUAGAGGACCCUGUGGAGAUCAUCAACAGUCACCAGGAGCUGAAGGCGCUGGACAGGAUGGAGGAAGAGACCAGGGUCUUUGGAUACUUUAAGAGCAAGGACUCAGAGUAUUAUAAAGAGUUUGAAGAGGCAGCUGAACAUUUCCACCCCUACAUUAAAUUCUUUGCAACCUUUGAAAAAUUGGUAGCCAAGACUCUGACCCUGAAACUUAAUGAAGUUGACUUUUAUGAGCCAUUUAUGGAUGAACCCAUCACCGUCCCAGACAAGCCAUACAGUGAGGAUGAGCUGGUGGAGUUUAUUAACAAGCACAAGAGAGCAACUCUGCGCAAACUGCGUCCUCAAGAUAUGUUUGAAACCUGGGAGGAUGAUCUAGAUGGGAUCCACAUCGUGGCCUUCGCAGAGGAAGAGGAUCCAGAUGGUUUUGAGUUACUGCAGAUUCUGAAAGAGGUUGCAAGAGCGAAUACAGACAACCCUGAACUGAGUAUUGUCUGGAUUGACCCUGACAACUUUCCCCUGCUUGUUACGUAUUGGGAGAGAACAUUUCACAUUGACCUCUUCAGACCUCAGAUUGGGGUUGUCAAUGUAACAGAUGCCGACAGCGUCUGGAUGGAGAUAACGGAUGCCGAGGAUUUACCCUCCCCCGCCGAGCUACAGCAGUGGAUUGAAGAUGUUUUGUCUGGGAAGGUCAACACUGAGGAUGAUGAUGACGACGAUGAUGAUGACGACGAUAAUGAUGACGACGAUGAUGACAAUGAUGACGAUGAUGACAAUGAUGACGAUGAUGACGACGACGAUGAUGAUGAUAAUGAUGACGAUGAUUAAGAGUCUGGAAACAAAUACUUGAGCCGCAGUUGGACCGCACCGUAAAUAAUGUUACCAUAUUUCGGGAGCAUCGUUAGAUAAGAACUCUUAAAUUAUCAAAUUAAUCUGGGACUCACCAUGUUCUCGAUUGUUACACAAACCUCCAAUAAAAAUCUUAUUCUCACUAAAA